AUGUCUUUGCCGCAGAGGCCGGGCAAAUCCUCGCCCCGGCGAGAAGAGGCACAUGCGUUUCGCGAGCCGUCAAGGCGACGCCGUCGCGAUGUCGAGAGUGGUACCUACAGUGACGCUCCUACCACCCCGACUUCCCACCGUCAUCGCCGCCGACAUUCGCACAGCCAGCGACGACAUGCCGAGACCGAUGAAGAACGGAUGGACAAGGGUGGAGGAGUGCAACGAAAGAGGAGUCUCGUCAAACCAGAGCGCCGGCGGAUCGACCAUGACGACCGUCAUUACCACUAUCGCCAACGAUCGCAACGCUUGAACACGUACCCUCCAACAGACCCAUUACUGGAUGCCGAUGUUGAAGCCGAAACGAAUAGCUCGCGGAGUAUGGAUCUGAAGGGUAAGGACCAGCUCUACGGGGCGCGCGGCAACGUGAACAAGCCAAUGGAACGUGCUCCCAGCCGGCAUCGGGUCUCGAAGAAAAAGAAGCGCUCCUCGCGACGUACAUCGCGGGGAACUGCAGAAGAAAAACGACGCCAAAAGGCCAUGGAGCAGGCCCGUCCGCCCGAUUUGUGGACUACAUAUUGUGCACUAAUCACGUUUUUUAUCCCCGAUUUUGUUCUCCGCUGUUUUGGCAUGCCCCAGAGGGAGCAGCGGCAGGCUUGGAGGGAGAAGAUUGGCCUGAUUAGCUGCAUCCUCAUGGUCGCCGCGUUUGUCGGGUUUCUCACGUUCGGUUUCACGGCUACAGUCUGCGGGACGCCGCCUGUGCGUAUGAAGGUCAACGACGUCGGAACUGGAUACAUGAUUUUCCAUGGACAAGCCUACAAUCUCGAGGGCUCGACUCACCCCGCGGCGACCGGCAUUCCGGCUAACACUGACGUCUUGUACGACUUGCCGCACAAGUAUGGUGGCCAGGAUGGCAGCUUUUUCUUCCAACAAGUCAAUGGCGCCUGCAAAGGGCUUAUUACUGCCAACCCCGGAGGCGGCGUUCCCACUAAUGACAACGGUGAUCUUGGAUGGUACUUCCCCUGCACGGCCUUCAACCAGGACGGGUCAUCGCAGCCCAACUUGACGGUGGAAUACUACCUGGGCUGGGCAUGCCAUACCGCCCGGGCCGCCCGGGAACCCUUCUACAGUCUCUCAUCAUCCGGGGAUGUUUAUUUCACGUGGGACGAUACGAGAAACAAGAGCCGGAAUCUCGCGGUGUAUUCCGGAAACGUUCUCGACCUUGAUCUUCUCCGCUGGUUCAACAAGACCCAAGUAACAUGGCCCUCAGAGUUCGAUGCCCUGCGCGAGAAUCCCGAGGUCCGCGGUGUCGACCUGACCUAUUAUCUCCAAAGUGGACGGGACAAGAGGAUCGGACAAUGCUUGUCUCAGAUUAUCAAAGUGGGCAGUAUUGACACCGACACCGUGGGGUGCAUCGCCUCCAAGAUUGUGCUCUACUUGGCUUUGAUCUUCAUUCUGUCCAUCGUCGUUACCAAGUUUGGCUUUGCCUUGCUCUUUCAAUGGUUUUUGUCUCCCCGGUUUGCCGCUCAACGGACGAGUAUGAGCUCCGAUGCCAGGACGCGUAACCAGCAAAUCGAAGAUUGGUCCAACGACAUCUAUCGGCCGGCCCCUCGAAUGGCUGAUCCCCCCAUAGCUCCAGAUCGCAGCUUGAACAAGCGGGCUAGCUUUCUGCCAACAACGUCUCGUUUCACGAGUCCGUACGUCGUGGGAAGUGGUAGCGCCAAGGCCAACCCCCAGUACAUCACAAUGGCAAGCCAGAACUCAACCUCACGACUCAUGCCGACUUCGACAACGAGUGGUACUAUGUACAAAUUGAGCCACAACAGCAGCCGUGGUACUCUCAGUGCUGACAAUUCCCACCCCAAUUCCCACCAAAAUGCCGCUCCCACCGCCAGCCGCACCAGCUUGGUUCCCCCAGGCGCCCACCAAGAGCAGCCUUAUUCAACACUCAUCUCGGAAUCCGAGGGACCUGGCCCAGCUGGGUUUAUUCACGAGGCUGUUGUGCCCCAACCGCCACCCGAAUGGCAGCCGUUCGGAUACCCCCUGGCGCACGCGAUCUGCCUGGUGACAUGUUACUCGGAAGGUGAAGACGGCAUUCGGACGACGCUGGACUCGAUCGCCAUGACCGACUAUCCCAACAGUCACAAGGCCAUCCUUGUCAUCUGCGAUGGUGUCAUCAAGGGCAAAGGCGAAGAGUUCUCGACUCCGGAUAUCGUGUUGGGUAUGAUGCACGACCAUGUGGUUCCGCCUGAGGAUGUUCAGCCAUUCUCCUACGUGGCUGUGGCCACCGGCUCCAAACGGCACAACAUGUCCAAGGUCUAUUCUGGAUUCUACGACUAUGGCGACAACUCUGUCAUCCCUCUAGAGAAGCAGCAGCGCGUCCCCAUGAUGGUGAUUGUCAAGUGCGGCACCCCGGAGGAAGCCACCCAGGCCAAGCCGGGCAACCGAGGCAAGCGAGACAGCCAGAUCAUUCUGAUGUCGUUCUUGCAGAAGGUCAUGUUCGAUGAGCGAAUGACCGAGCUGGAAUUCGAAAUGUUCAACGGUCUCUGGAAUGUGACUGGAAUCCCUCCCGAUUUCUACGAGGUGGUUCUGAUGGUCGACGCCGAUACCAAGGUGUUCCCGGACAGCUUGACGCACAUGGUUUCGGCCAUGGUCAAGGAUCCGGAAAUCAUGGGGCUCUGCGGAGAGACCAAGAUCGCCAAUAAAACCGACAGCUGGGUGACGAUGAUCCAGGUGUUCGAGUACUUCAUUUCCCAUCACCAAGCCAAGUCUUUCGAGUCCGUCUUCGGUGGUGUCACCUGUCUGCCGGGCUGUUUCUCCAUGUACCGCAUCAAGGCCCCCAAGGGUGGCCAGAACUACUGGGUACCUAUCCUGGCCAACCCGGACAUCGUCGAGCACUAUUCUGAGAAUGUUGUCGACACCCUGCACAAGAAAAAUCUGCUGCUUCUCGGUGAGGAUCGGUACUUGACCACGCUCAUGCUCAAGACCUUCCCGAAGCGCAAGCAGAUUUUCGUUCCCCAGGCUGUGUGCAAGACGGUUGUGCCUGACAAGUUCAUGGUUCUGCUGUCUCAGCGCCGCCGCUGGAUCAACAGUACCGUGCACAACCUGAUGGAGCUGGUGCUCGUCCGCGAUCUGUGCGGCACAUUCUGCUUCAGCAUGCAGUUCGUCAUUUUCGUUGAGCUGGUGGGAACACUGGUGCUUCCCGCCGCCAUCGCGUUCACUUUCUACGUUGUCAUUCAUUCCAUCAUCCACCAACCCGUGCAAAUCAUUCCCUUGGUACUGUUGGGCCUCAUUCUGGGUCUACCCGGUCUGCUAAUUGUCGUGACCGCCCACCGCCUUGUCUACGUCUUGUGGAUGCUCAUCUACCUGAUUUCGCUGCCUAUUUGGAACUUUGUCCUGCCCACGUACUCGUUCUGGAAGUUCGAUGACUUCAGCUGGGGCGACACGCGCAAGACCGCGGGUGAGAAGGACAAGGGCCACGGAGCGGUCGAGGGCGAGUUCGACAGCACUAAGAUUACGAUGAAGCGGUGGCGUGAUUUCGAAAAAGAACGCCGCCUGCGCACCCUCAGUGCCUACCCACCACCGCAUGCCCCGGCCACCGGGUAUCCAUCUCCCUACGAGACCUACUCUGAUUACUGA